GUCACGUAUCUUCACACCUCCCAUUCCUCCUUCUCACACCGGUAAAAACCACGAGUGUUUUUGUAACAAGCAUGAGCGAAGUAACCGAAGCUGCGCAAGAGUUCGUGGAGAAGAUGACGGACACCCAGGAAGAGCCAGAAGGCUCCGGUUCUCCUGAGGUAGGGGACAGCGGCAGCCAAAAGAUGACCAUGGAGGAACGAAAAGCGAAGAUGGAAGAGCUCAGGCGCAAAAUGAGGACAUCCGCACUGGAAAAUCGCAAGCAGCUCGUUGAGGAGAGCACAAAGGCAAAGUUCACAGCUCGUGAAGCUGCGCGGCUGGAACGCCAACGCAAGCUCGCUGAAACCUUGCGGCUGAAGGCGGAUGCUGAGGAGCGUGGCGAGGACAUCGAGCGGGCUAAGAAUUGGGAGUACACAGUCGAGGAGAACGAUGAGUGGGAGAAGAAGCAGGCGCGGAAGGCGCGACGUGCAGACUUUGAGUUUCACAAUGAUGCGGACGCAGCACGCAGGCGGUACAAGAAGGAUUUGGACUUCAUCAAGCCCGACCUUGCAGCGUAUAAUAAGCAAAGGGAAAUUGCGCUUGGUCUUGCGCCUGGAACACUCGCGAAGGCCGGUAGCAGCAGUUCCUCAUCCUCACUCACGGCCUUCGAUCCCUCGGGCUCAUCGCUGGCACCAACAAGCGUGCAACAGCGGUUAGCAGCUGAAAGCCUUUACCGUGACGCGAACACGUUGCUCUAUGCGGAUAGCAAACCCAGCGAGGACGCCAUUGACCGAGUAGUGAGCAAGAUCAAUACAGACGUGGACAAGAAGAAGCGGUUCUCAAGAAAGCGGAACAACGAAGACGAGGGAGAUAUCACAUACAUCAACGAACGCAACAGAGUCUUCAACAAGAAGAUUGCCCGCUACUACGACAAGUACACAACGGAAAUACGGGCCAGCUUCGAGCGCGGAACUGCUCUAUGAUUCCACUUACGCAUUGCAUUCUGUAUCUCGUUGUACUCUAAUAUACACAUGUAUCUUUCUGGACCUAGUGUCGAUGGCGGUAGUAUUGCGGCGUGAAGCGACGCGCACCAAGAAACAUGAGUAGACAAUGGGACAAAAUGUGGGGUCUCGAGUCAUCCAUCAUCUAGAACCUACUAGGAGGGUAAAGGAGUUAGCAUGUAGGUCGGAAGGGCGUGCGACAGCAAGGUGAAAAUGAGUCAGUAUUGCAGAAUGUGGUCAGCAUCGGACAAUGACCGUCAGACUGUUGAGCUUGAAUGUGAUGUUUAUUCAUCAUAAAAAAACAGCAUGGCUGAAAUAACAUCGGCAUGAAACUGCUCACCCUGCUUAUGUGAGGACGACUGCGCGACGCAAGUGUCGGCUAUG